GCGGGGCAUCUUGGGAGUGCUCUCCCUCGCGUUCCUUCUCUACCGGCGGCGUGAAUCCUUCCUGCCCCGUUUCUUGCGCGGACGAUGGCCGGUUUCCGCGCUUUAGGAUUGGACCCCUGGCUGGCGUCUCAGGCGGAGCAGCUGGGCUUGUCGAGGCCCACCCCGGUGCAGGAAGCUUGCAUCCCUCCCGCCCUGCAAGGUCGUGACUGCAUGGGCUGCGCCAAAACUGGAAGUGGCAAGACAGCUGCCUUUGUGCUCCCCAUCUUGCAGAAACUUUCUGAAGAUCCUUUUGGCAUCUUCUCCCUGGUGCUGACACCAACAAGAGAGCUGGCCUAUCAGAUUGCUGAGCAGUUCCGUGUCCUUGGGAAGCCUCUGGGUUUAAAGGACUGCAUCAUAGUCGGGGGAAUGG